GCUGAAGUUCAUUGGCGGCCUCAAUCGGGCAUCUCCAAAAAGAGAAUGCACGUGAAGCUGAUGAAGGCGUGGUUCCUGAUGCGGCUGUUGACGCGUCUGGCAGAAACGAAGGGGUCCAGGUCGCAUUUGCAGCUCCGGUUGUCGGCGCCUGUCGAGCACGUCAUCCAAGCUAAUUGGCCGCAAUUGCAGACCCACUUGCGGAACUUUCUGCGCCGGCGCGCCGAGAUCGACGGGGAGGUUUCUAAGGUCGUCAUAGACGGGCAUCAGAAGCUCACCCGGAAGUGUUGCGGGUUGAUGUAUGGAGGCUACACCUGCGAUCCAAAUCUCGGCAAGGCGCGCUUGCACCCCUGCCCUGCCCCCACGAGGGGCCAGCGCGAGCGCUGGUGCACUUGCCGCGCCCGUUCGCUGGAGAAGCCCGUGCCGUUUGAGGGCGCCAAAGACGCAGACGCUUUUCUUGUCCGGCGCCGCGAAUGCUUGGGGGGCACGCUGGACGACGUGCUCUGUGUGACGUCGCAGCGGCAAGGCGUCGGAGCAGUUCGAGUGGUUGACGAUAUUGAAGGCUGCUGGGACGCCGUCCAGUCCACUUUGGCCAGGCGCGCCGCAGAUGCCGCGAAAGACGCGGCCGAGUCCCGUGCCAGCGAGGGGGCGCCGGACAAACUCAAGGCGAAAUUGCCCCGGUUCCGCUUGAGAAAACGCAAAGCACCACUUGGGCCACCAGUGGCAAGACCUGGCCCGCCAGCAGAUGAGGCGCCACAGGAGUUUGCUUUUGCCGCGCCCGUCCAGAGUUUGCCUGCGAGGCCGGAGAGAAAGCGCAGGUUGCCCGCUGGCCUGCGCACUUAUGCGAGCUGCGGCGAUGGGGCGCGCCCUUCGGCGAGCCGCGGCGAUGGCAGCGCCGGCCGAGCCGCGCAUGCGACGGCUGCGCAGCCUGCGCAGCCCGUAGACCCCGCGGCGGCACUUCCGGCGGUCGACGCAUCACUCAGGGAGCUGGAACAGAUUUCGUGCAAAACCCACAAGAGCUUUGCCAAGGGAGGGAAACGGGGCAAGCUGGAGUCCGCUUCUCUUGCAGUGCGGCGAACUGGGGGCUUUCUUGUCGCGUGCUCGCCCAGCGGGCACAUUAUCGACGUGGAGGAGUUCUUCGGCGUUGAAAGCUUGGCGCAGCGGUAUUGCUUUCUGGCCCGCUUGAAGAAGCGCUUCCCCGCCUUGAACGUCGUCAUCCACGACGACGCCUGUCAUCUCCCUCAAUAUAGCACCAAAAGAAAGGAUCAGUCUGCCUUAGCCGCCUUGUUGGCGCACCCGCGCGUCGUAUACGUGGUGGGCAGAUUUCACGCCAGAGGCCAUGUCGACCCAUGGUGUAAGCAGCACUGCUGCCCCGACGCACCAGGCGUCAAGGAGCUCGUUGACGGCGCAAACACCAGCAUCUGCGAGAUUACCUUCUCUUGGGCGGCGAGGUAUCUAGUUGCCUUCGGUUGCCCCGCCAUCUCG